AUGCUGUUGACUAUCGCUUUUUCUUCGCAUUUUCCUGCUUUUUUUCCUCAAAUUCCGCAAUACCGCUUUCGGUGUCAAUGCUGUAGUUUAGUUCCCGGAAAUGGUUUUCAAACGGAACGUGGUUUGGAGUUUGAUACCGGGGGCGCAUUUUACCGGCGAGAGAGUGCUACUGGAAGAGACCUCGGUGUACUUGCUGCUUCGUUACAGAAGAAGGUUAGUGGAAGCUUGCGUGUUCUUGAUGCUCUUUGUGGUUGCGGGAUUCGGUCGCUGCGGUACUUGAAGGAAGCUGAAGCGGAUUUUGUUGUUGCUAAUGAUGGAAAUGAGUGCUAUGGGAGUACCAUUGUGGAGAAUUUGUCUAGAGUUUGUGUGAAAGAGGAGAAAAGAUGGGUGGUUACUCAUUUAGAAGCUAAUAGAGUUAUGACUGAUUAUUAUCUUCAGAAGAGUUUUUUUGAUUUUAUUGAUGUUGAUUCUUUUGGAAGUGAUUCUUCUUUCUUGAGGUCUGCUAUCAAUAGUUUGAAAUUUGGUGGUUUGCUUUAUGUCACUUCAACUGAUGGUUUCUCUUCUGCUGGCCACCGUCCACAUCAUUCUUUAGCUGCUUAUGGAGCCUAUGUGCGUCAUACGCCGUAUUCGAACGAGAUUGGUUUGCGAAUGCUUAUAGGCGGGGUUGUUCGGGAGGCUUCUGUGUUGGGGUACCAUGUAACUCCGUUGUUUUCGUACUAUGCUUAUCAUGGACCCGUUUUCCGAGUCUUGCUCAGGUUGAAUCGUGGGAAGGUUCAUGAUAGUAGGCAUUAUGGUUUUAUUGGCCAUUGCCAUCAGUGUGGAAAUUGCAAUGAAUUUUCUUGGGACCAACUUGGUCAGUUCAGUUGCUCCUGCAGUGUGUCAAAGGUUUCAAACUCCCUUAAGGUAUCAGGACCUCUUUGGACAGGGCCUCUUCAUGAUGCGGCGUAUCUUACAGACAUGUUAGAUCUGGCCAAGGAGUGGGGAUGGAUUGGUUGUGAUGGUAAAGACAGUCUUGAAAAGCUUAUAAAAUUGAUGGUGGAUGAAAGUGACCCCAGGUUGCCAUCUGGGUAUAUAAAGUUGGAUGAGAUGGCAAGCCGUGCAAAAAUCAAUAUUCCGCCUUUGAGGACCUUGAUGAGCGCCAUGCACAAGAAAGGUUAUGCUGUCAGCAGGUCUCAUAUAACCACAAAGGCAAUUAAAACAAAUUGCCCCAUGACAGAAUUCAUUAGUAUAGCCAAAGAACUACUGCCGGUAUCUGUCUCUUAAUGGUUUGAGGUCUGAAGAUUCCUCUGAGAAUUGAUUAAUAUUCAUGUGUGUUGAAGGGUAUAUAUACUUUUUUGGCUAUAUCUUUUUUUUUGUUGAACAUUAGUUUGUUUAUAAUUUAAUUGACAAUUGUAAUUUGUAAGGGACAGUGAUAUAUCAUUCUAAGUCUAACCACUACUCAAGAUUUGAGAAAUCCUAAAUAUAAGCAACUGCAAUUGAAUCCAUUACAUGAUAGUAAUUCAACUGCAAAAUGUUCAGGCAAUGAAGAUUGGAACAUGGAUUUUGGUUGAUGAAGUUGUUGAAGAUCUUGUAAGUUGCAACUUGCAAGCUUAGUUCUACUUCCUGUUAAAAUUCCACUCAGCUGGUCAUCCAACAUCUCACCGUUGAUUUCUGUGGUGUGAUGUUCUGUACUGCUCUAGCAAUCAAAAGUGUAUUUUGUACAAAAUGGGAUUGUGGCGUUUGGUAUUGAGGAUUCCUUGGGAUCUUUGCAUAAAAAUACUUCACAGUGGUACAUAUCAAUUAACCUCUUCUAUUCAUGUAUAAGUAUUAACAAUUAGUAGAGAAACACUACAACAAUUGAAACAAAGAAGACAAUCAAUGUCCUCUUUUUUAUUAAGUCAGAAAUUUUCAUUAUA